GUUUAUCAGCUGCUACUAUUCUACGAAAUAAAAAAAUUAAAUAUUAAUAUAAUUCUUAUAUUUUCCUAACUAGCUAAUUUCUUUACAGUUAUCAGAUUAUAAUAUUCAUAAUGUUUGGAUUAAUUAAAAAAAUUGGAUCUCAAACAACAAUUUUAUCAAAUAAAAGUAUUUCAACUACAAGUUGUUUGAGGGAUCAAAUUAAUCAACAUAAGCCGACUAAUUUAGAAAAACGGUUUUUGGUAUGGACCAAAAAAUACAAGAGUGUAGAUGAAGUUCCAAGUCAUGUUAGCUACGAAAUUAUGGAACGUUGUAAAAGUAAAGUACGUAUUCGUUUUACCAACUAUUUUAUGAUAAUUGCCUCAGUUGGUUGCAUCGUAAUGGUAAUUAGUGGCAAAAAUGCUAUGGGACGUGGUGAAAGUGUAACUAAACAAAAUUUAGACUGGCAUAAAAAAUACAAUGAAGAUAAAGCCAAAGAAGAAGCAGCAGCUAAAGCAGCACAUUAGUAAUGAACUACAAUAUAAAAUAUUUAAGGGAGAAAAAUAUUAAAUAUAAACCGAGUAUAAGUUUUAGAAAUUCACUUUAAGUGUAAAAAAAUUGUAAUACCUCUCUCUUUCUGUUACAUACAAUUUUACUUUGAGCUUUUUGUGAAAAUUAUGUAAAAUUUUUAAAUAUUUUUGUUAAUGCAUAAUUGAAGUGAAGAAUAGAUUUAUAUAAAAAGUUUUUUUUCCUAUUUAGUUACAAAUAUUAUAAUUUUUAACAUUUUAUGUUAAAUUUUAUAAUUUUUUAGAAACAGAGAAAAAAAUACAAUAAAAAAAAUGAAUAAAUUUAUUUUUAUAUGUGAAA